AUGGUCAUGUUCAACCUCGCUUGCGUCCCACCCGAGAUAUGGGAGGAGAUCUUCAGGCUCGCAUGCACCGACGGCGGGUACACCGGCCGCACUCUCGCGCUCACUUCUACUUCCUUCCGCGCAUACUCCUUAAGGGUGCGGUUCCGCACCCUCGCGUUCACAUCACUCCUGCACCUCCCACAAUUUCUCGAUCUCCUAUCCCGCCAUGGACCGGCACGCAUAGAACAUCUGUAUCUGCUUUUCAACAAUGACCCCGCCUCAGGAUCAUACACCGGCACGCCCUGCAACAGGGUGGGCUAUGCCGCCUGGCGCAAGACACUUUCCACGCGGGUCAAGGCAUACUCCACGGUCGUGAGCCUACUUCGCGCGGCUGCGCCGACGCUGCAAACGCUCUGUGUAGUGUCGCCUUGUGCCGGCGGAUACCUUCUGCGCCCGCCCCCUUACACGUUUCCGGUGCUGGAGGAGCUCAGCUGGAUGGGGGGUCAUAGCCGGGUGUUGCUGGACCAAUUCCUCACUCCUGAGGACACGGACAAGGCGGGCGCAGCCGCGCCCGCCGUACUCCCCGUCCUCAAGCGCGUCCACUGCAUCGCGGAGAACGCGGCGUACGCUGGACGGGUCAUCGCCAAGUAUACUGCGCCGGCGUCAUUGUCGCUCACCCAUCUGCGUAUCUCCGGAAUUGACCGCCGUGCUUCUGAUGUUCCCAACGUGCUCGAGCGCAUCCUAGGAGUGCGCGCGCGCGGCGCCCCUGAACGAGCAGUCAGAGAGAGGACGGGAGAGGAAGAGUCGCGGAUGCCGCGACUUCGGCGCAUCAUCAUCCACUCGGCGGCGCCGCCACAAGAUAGGGCGAACGAGGAUCUCGACGGUGCAUGGGCGGAGCUCUCCACAAGGAUCGCUAGCAUCAUGGAUGUCUGCGACGGCGGGAGAGAGGGGGUUCGGGAAUAA